CUGACUCUAUCGUACGUAUUAUUUUUUUUUUUUUGGUUGAAGGAAAAUAAAAAAUUUAUAUUUAUUGUGGAAAAAAUAUUUUAAAAAGUGUUAUUUAAUAAAAAUACAAAAAAAAAAUAGAAAUAAACAAUUUUCAAAUAAAUUAAAAAUUUCAAAUUUUAAAUAUUUUUAAAAAUUUGUGUAAAGAGGAGAAAUAAAGGGGAGAAUAAAUUAUUGAAGAUCAAGCUUUUAAAAAAAUGUCAUCAUUAGAAACAUCAUUUUCUGGAACUGGUAUACCUUUAUCAUCAACAUCAUCUUCUAAUAAUAAUAAUAAUAACGAUAAUAAUACAAUCGAAUUAAAUUCAUCAUUCAAUAAUAGUAAUAAUAACGUUAGCUCAACAGCAACAUUAACACCAACAAUACAAUCAACUGGAACAUCAACAGUAUAUGGUACAUCACCAAAAACACCAAUUUUAAAUAAUAAUAAUAACGGCGAAUCAAUAAAUAUGUCGACUAGUAGUACACCUGGUACAAGUUUUAAUAGUAACACAAAUAAUAAUAAUAAUAAUAAUUACAAUAAUAAUAAUAAUAAUAGUACUGAUCCAUUAAAUGGUGAUAAUAAAAAAGAUGGUGGAGAUGGUGGUGAAAAAAAAGAUGAUUCAAUGUUUGAAUGUAAUAUUUGUUUAGAUACAGCUAAAGAUGCUGUUGUUAGUAUGUGCGGACAUUUAUUUUGUUGGCCUUGUUUACAUCAAUGGUUGGAAACACGACCAUCAAGAAAAUUAUGCCCAGUAUGUAAAGCGGCAAUUAGUAAAGAAAAAGUAAUACCAUUAUAUGGUAGAAAUAGUACGAAACAAGAGGAUCCAAGAAAUAAAGUUCCACCUAGACCAGCUGGUCAAAGAUCAGAACCGGAACCAGCUCCUGGUUUUCAAGGAUUUGGAUUUGGUGAUGGGGGUUUUCACAUGUCUUUUGGUAUUGGAGCAUUUCCAUUUGGUUAUUUUGCAUCUUCUUUCAAUAUUGGUGAUCAAAGACCGACAAGUCAACGUGGUGCUUCAAUGGAAUAUAAUGAUGAGCAGAAUUUAUCAAAAAUUUUCGUGUAUUUAGCUGUUAUCUUAAUUGGUUGGCUUUUAUUCGCAUAGCAUGUUUGUAUAUUAAUCGAAAUUAUAUCGCGAUAAAUUUAAAAACUAUACACAUUAAUAUAAAUAAAAUAUAAAUAACAAAAAAAAAAAUAAAAAAAUAAUAAUGCAGAAAAAUAAAAUCAAGAAAAAAAAAUGUAUAAAUUUUUAUUUUUAAAUAAUUAAUUAUGUUUAAUUUAAGCUCUUGUAUUUUAACUUUUCAAUUUAUCAUAAGGUGAUCCUCGUAUAAUGUAAUAGUUUUAAAUUCUAGAAAAUUUGCUUGCAUUAUGCGAAUUCGCAUUUCAUGAAAUCGUUAAUUUUGUACAAAAUGAAUUUCAAAAUUUUGUUAUAUUUUUAUUUUAUAUUUAUGAAAUGAAAAAAAAAAAUAAAUGUGUUCAUUUGUAAAAAACAAAAUUAUUUCAUUUAAUUAUAUGUAUAUACAAGCAAAAAAAUGAUUGCCAAAUUUUGGAACUAUAUGUAGUUUUAUUCUGAAAUUGAAUUCUAAAACUAUUGUCUUAGACGAGGAGGACUUUUAAAUUGUUUUUCUUUUUAUAUUGUUCGUAUUUAAAAUAAUAUCUUAUAUUAGCAUAAUUUUACUGUACUACGAAUUAGGAAAGAAAAAAAAAAGAUAAUUGAAAUUAAAAUUAAAUGUUUUUUAAUGGGGAAAUAAGUUUCCAACAUAAAUUUUUUAAUGAAGGAUAAUAAAGUUAAGAAAAUUG